AUGACUUACAUUGGUGUCGCAGAUGGUGGCCAUGGCUUCAAGUUCAUGCGCGCCAAUAAUAGUAUAGUCACUCAGCCUACUGCACUGUUUGACGAAGCUAUAUUCCCUAAAUGCCCUAAUACAAAGCGAUGGGCAAGCACUAGGCUACAAAGUGCGCCUAAACCAGCUGACAGUCAACCAGAAAAUUCUGAUGAUGACUGGAUCACCGAUGACGAUGAGCCAGACUCAUGUCCUCCUCCUAAAUCCCAAAAGGGGCCAGGCCAGGAUCGUGACGACAAACCUGCGCAGCCUGAGGUGCGAGAGCCUGAGAACCCGCCUUCUCCACCUCCGGGGGAUCCUGCGCAACAAGAUGAGCUGCGGAGACCGGUGAGAGAAAGGAAACCAGUAACUCGCCUGGGUAAUAUCUACGGUGAACCGUGGAAUCCCGUAGAAACCUAUCGCAAGAUUGAGUCAGACAAGAAGUGGAAGGACUUAGUUGGCGAAAAAUCUAAGACAUCUUGCAUACCUCACCAGUCCAAGCAGAAGCAACAGGUUCCCGGACCUAGCUCUGCCCCUCCACCUCGCGACCCUCCUGCUCAAUCCCCGGGUGCUUCACAUGAGCCAGUCGCUCCUGAAGCCUCUGACCAGCGGUCUGAACAUGACGCUGAUGAGUUACUUCGGCCAUACAUAUAUCUAGAAACUUCAGGGUGUAUGCAGCAACAGAUAGAACAAUAA